UCUCUCCAGUGCAGCAGUUGCAAAGAGGGAGAGAGGGAGAGAGCCAGCGAGAGAGGGAGAGGGGGAGAGAGAGAGAAAAGAACCGAUUAGGAAUUAGGAUUCGAGGAAAGCGAGCGCUAGAGCUUUGUGCCUUUGAAUAUUAACAUUUGAGGUGUUCUGACCAGUGGAAGAGAGACAGAGCGGAUCAUCAUUCAUUCACCACCUUGACAACCUCGCCUUUGAUUGACAGCUGGAGUGGCAAAAAGCCAUGAGAUUUUGUAGUUGGGUUUGAGGGGCACUCUUCUUCUUCUUCUUCUUCUUCUUCUUCUUCUUUUUUUUUUUAAACUGAUUUGGGGGAAAGGAGAUCUGCUCUCUCCCCCCCCCUCCCCCGUCCCUACCCCCCUCCAACCCGCUGCUGUCUUGGAAACGGGAGCGCUUUUAUGCUGAGUUAUUUAUCUGUACCGCUUCCUUGAGGUCCAGUACACUGAAGAUUUUGGUUCCAUUGCUCACGUUGCUGGAGACUUUAAGGGAUUUUUUUUCGUCGGUUUUUGUUUUUUUUUUGUUUUUUUUUUUUCGGGGGAGUUUGCGUGUUUGUUUCUUUUCACACUGGCCUUAAAGAGGAUAUAUUAGAAGUUGAAGUAGGAAGGGAGCCAGGCAGGCCGAUGGCGCAAAGGUACGACGAUUUACCCCAUUACGGGGGGAUGGAUGGAGUAGGGAUCCCCUCAACCAUGUAUGGAGACCCUCAUGCUGCCAGAUCCAUGCAGCCCGUUCACCACCUGAAUCACGGUCCUCCUCUCCACUCUCAUCAAUACCCGCACACAGCUCACACCAACGCCAUGCCCCCCAGUAUGGGCUCCUCUGUCAAUGACGCUUUAAAGAGAGAUAAAGAUGCCAUUUAUGGACACCCCCUCUUCCCUCUUUUAGCACUGAUUUUUGAGAAAUGUGAAUUAGCUACUUGCACGCCCCGGGAGCCGGGGGUAGCGGGCGGCGAUGUCUGCUCUUCAGAGUCUUUCAAUGAAGACAUAGCAGUGUUCGCCAAACAGAUCCGAGCAGAAAAACCCUUGUUUUCUUCAAAUCCUGAACUGGAUAACUUGAUGAUCCAAGCCAUACAAGUAUUAAGGUUUCAUCUGUUGGAAUUAGAGAAGGUACACGAAUUAUGUGACAAUUUCUGCCACCGGUAUAUUAGCUGUUUGAAAGGAAAAAUGCCUAUCGAUUUGGUGAUAGACGAUAGAGAAGGCGGAUCAAAAUCAGACAGUGAAGAUAUAACAAGAUCAGCAAAUCUAACAGAUCAGCCUUCUUGGAACAGAGAUCAUGACGACACAGCUUCUACACGUUCAGGUGGGACCCCAGGACCCUCCAGUGGGGGUCACACAUCGCACAGCGGGGACAACAGCAGCGAACAAGGUGACGGCUUGGACAACAGUGUAGCUUCCCCCAGCACAGGUGAUGAUGAUGAUCCAGAUAAGGACAAAAAGCGUCAUAAAAAGCGUGGCAUCUUUCCCAAAGUAGCCACAAAUAUCAUGAGGGCAUGGCUGUUCCAGCAUCUAACACAUCCUUACCCUUCCGAAGAACAGAAAAAACAGUUGGCACAAGACACGGGACUCACCAUACUUCAAGUGAACAAUUGGUUUAUUAAUGCUAGAAGAAGAAUAGUUCAGCCCAUGAUAGACCAGUCCAAUCGAGCAGGCAAGUCCCCCAUAGUAACUGUAUUCAAGUCACGCAAGCGAAAACCAUCCUCAAGCCAUUCACCGGGAGGUCCAUUACCUGUAAGUCAAGGAACACCUUAUAAUCCAGAUGGGCAGCCGAUGGGCGGUUUUGUGAUGGAUGGUCAGCAGCACAUGGGAAUCAGAGCACCAGGGCUGCAAAGUAUGCCAGGGGAGUAUGUAGCUCGGGGUGGUCCAAUGGGUAUGAAUAUGGGACAGCCAAGUUAUACCCCGCCUCAGAUGCCCCCACAUCCUGCUCAGCUGCGUCAUGGGCCUCCCAUGCAUACCUACAUUCCUGGACACCCUCACCACCCAGCAAUGAUGAUGCAUGGAGGACCACCCCACCCUGGAAUGCCAAUGUCAGCAUCGAGCCCCACAAUGCUUAAUACAGGAGACCCAACAAUGAGUGGACAAGUCAUGGACAUUCAUGCUCAGUAGCUUAAGGGAAUAUGCAUUGUCUGCAGCAGUGACCGAUUUCAAAUAUUGUCUUUCUGCAAUGACUGUGGAGUUCCAUUCUUGGCUUCUACUUUGGACCAAGGAGCAGCCCUAAUUCUUCAUAGGGACCCUUAGAAAGCAGAAACACCAACUGAAGUCAACUUUGGGGACAUGCUAAAUAACUAUAUAGGACAUUAAGAGAACAAAGAGUGAAAUAUUGUAAAUGCUAUUAUACUGUUAUUCCAUAUUACGUUGUUUCUUAUAGAUUUUUUAAAAAAAAUGUGAAAUUUUUCCACACUAUGUGUGUUGUUUCCAUAGCUCUUCACUUCCUCCAGAAGCCUCCUUACAUUAAAAAGCCUUACAGUUAUCCUGCAAAUGACGGAAAGGGCUGAUUUGCAGGAUUUUUAGAGCAUUAAAAUAAUUAUGUCAGGCAGAAGAAUCUUUCUUCUAUCCUAGGAUUUCAGCCAUGCACGCUCUCUUGCUCAUCUUUCUGGCCUGUCUCUCCCCCCUCUGUCUUUUGCUCUCCCUUCUCUCCCAUCCCCUUUCUAUU